UACAAGCUGCCUUCAUUCACAUGCUAGGACAACAAGCCUACAUGGUAUAGGCUAAAAUAAUUAAACAGAACCUCAUUGCAAGGACAGUCAUAACAGGAUUUGGAGAGUGUCGUUUUAAGUUCUUUCCUGGAUGGAGCAAAUCUGUGCCACUGGAAUCGCUGCUCGUUUGAGGAGUGAAUGGGAUCGAAAUGAGGGAUUUGGUCAAAACCAUAUGGCCCUGAAAUUUUUGGGCCAAGAUUUUGAAUACUUGCGUGACCGCUGCCUUCAGAGUGGAUGUCUAUUUGAGGAUGAAACAUUCCCAGCCCAGCCGUCUUCUUUAGGAUUCAAAGAACUGGGCCCCGGCUCUGCCAAAACCAAAGGUGUUCGCUGGAUGAGGCCGACGGAUUUCUGCACUGAUCCCCACUUUAUCGUAGAUGGGGCAACUCGCACAGACAUCUGCCAAGGAGCUCUAGGAGAUUGUUGGCUGCUGGCAGCCAUUGCGUGCCUCACCCUCAAUGAACCCUUGCUGCAUCGGGUGGUGCCUCAUGGCCAGAGCUUCCAUCAACAAUAUGCUGGGAUCUUUCACUUCCAGUUUUGGCAGUUCGGGGACUGGGUGGACGUGGUUAUUGACGACCGGCUGCCUGUCAGAGAUGGGAAGCUGCUUUUCGUCCACUCGGCCGAGGGAGCAGAGUUCUGGAGCGCCCUGGUGGAGAAGGCUUAUGCAAAGUUGAACGGCUGCUAUGAGGCUCUUUCCGGAGGCUGCACGUCCGAGGGGUUUGAGGACUUCACCGGUGGAGUGACAGAGAUGUAUGAGCUAAAAAAAGCUCCAGCCAACCUCUUCAGCAUCAUCAGAAGAGCUGUGGAGAGAGGCUCCCUGAUGGGCUGCUCGAUAGAUAUUACAAGUUUCUUUGACAUGGAGGCUAUCACCUUUAAAAAGCUAGUAAAAGGCCAUGCCUACUCCAUUACUGGAGUGGAGGAGGUGGAGUACAGAAGAAACCUCACAAAGCUGCUGCGCAUCAGAAACCCUUGGGGAGAAGUGGAGUGGAUGGGGCCAUGGAGCGAUGAGUCAAAGGAAUGGCGUGAAAUCGACCCAUCUGUAAGGUCCCGUCUGCACAACUGCCAAGAGGAUGGAGAAUUCUGGAUGUCGUUCAGUGACUUCAUGCGAGAGUUCAGCAGACUAGAGAUCUGCAACUUGACAGCGGAUGCGCUACAGAGCAGCGAGGUGAAGAAGUGGAGCACGUCCCUGUAUCCUGGUGAAUGGAGAAGAGGAAGCACUGCUGGCGGCUGCAGGAAUUAUCCAGCAACAUUUUGGAUCAAUCCCCAGUUUAAAAUAGUCUUGAAGGAACCAGAUAUUCAAAAUCAAGAUGAAUGCACUUUUCUAGUGGCCCUGAUGCAGAAGAAUCGCAGAAAGUUACGUCGGGAGGGCAAAGACAUGGAGACGAUUGGAUUUGCCAUUUAUGAGGUCCCCAAAGAGUAUCUGGGCAGGGUGGGUGUGCAUCUGAAGCGUGAUUUUUUCCUCACCCACACAUCCAGCGCUCGUUCCGAGCUCUACAUCAACCUUCGAGAGGUGAGCUCGCGCUUCUGCCUGCCAGCAGGGGAAUAUAUCAUCGUCCCCUCCACCUUUGAGCCCCAGAAAGAAGGAGACUUUGUGCUGAGGGUCUUUUCUGAAAAGGCUGCUGACUCCCAGGAGCUAGAUGAUGAAAUUUCAGCAGUUGUACCGGAGGAGCCUGCACUCCAGGAGAGUGACAUUGACGCAGGCUUUAAGGCAUUAUUUGCAAAGCUGGCAGGGCCGGAAAUGGAGAUCAAUGUGUCCAAACUCCAGAUGAUUCUAAACCGGGUGGUUGGCAAACAUAAAGAUAUAAAAACUGACGGAUUUGGCAAAGAGGCCUGUCGAGCCAUGAUAAAUCUUAUGGAUACAACUGGUGUUGGAAAGCUGGGACUGACAGACUUCCAUGUGCUCUGGGAGAAGAUCAAACGAUAUCUUGCUGUGUUUAGGAAGUUUGACUUGGACAAGUCUGGCACGAUGAGCUCUUAUGAAAUGCGUCUGGCAUUAGAAUCAGCAGGCUUCAAGUUAACCAACAACCUGUUCCAGCUGAUAAUCCUGCGCUAUGCAAAGGAAGACCUCAACGUGGACUUUGACAACUUUGUGGCCUGUCUGAUCCGCCUGGAGACUAUGUUCAAAACCUUUAAAACAAUGGACACUGAUGAAGAUGGUUUGGUAUCCUUCAGCUUCUCCCAGUGGAUCACCCUCACUAUGUUUGCUUAGAUGGAUGUUCCUUGUCCUCUCUGCUUCCUCAGUCCCAAAUCCCUCUUUACUACAUGCCUCAUGUAACCUCAGUUGUGUUUAUGAAGCGGGUGCCUGACCAGCAGUAUUUGGCAAUGUGCACGAUUUAGGAAAGGAAAGCAAAUAUUGAGAUGCAACAGCCAAUAGAAUA